ACUUGGAUGAGUGCCAGGAAAAUACAGACAAUUGUGAACAGAUCUGCACAAAUGUUUUUGGAGGAUUCAACUGCAGCUGCAAUACAGGCUACACAAUAAAUGCAAUGAACAGCUCCAAGUGUACUGACAUCGAUGAAUGCAGCAAUAGCUCUACAUGUCCUCAAAAUGCAGACUGUUUCAAUUUAUCAGGGAAUUAUUCAUGUGUGUGCAAGUCUGGAUUUGAUGGAGACCCAUUCAGGUUUUGCUUUGAUGUGGAUGAAUGUCUUGAUAGUAAUACAUGUGCAAGCAAAAAUUCCAUCUGUACAAAUACUGAAGGCUCUUUUAACUGCACCUGUCUAGAAGGAUAUGAAGGACCCAACUGCACAGAUAUUGACGAAUGUGCAGAAAAUCAGAACAAUUGUCCCUUGAAUUCUGUGUGCAGCAAUACAGCUGGCUCAUUCACAUGUCAAUGUAAAGAAGGAUAUGAAAGUCCUAACUGCACUGAUAUUGAUGAAUGCACCAGAUUUCUGUUUGACUGUCCAAGUCAUGCUGGCUGUGAAAACAUACCAGGUUCUUUCACCUGUUCCUGUCUGCCUGGAUUCAAAGGAAAUGCAACAUUCUGCAAAGAUAUUGAUGAGUGUGCAGAGGAAAUAGCAUUGUGUCCUUCCAAUGAGAUCUGUGAAAACAGCAUUGGAAAUUAUACUUGUAUUUGUCCUGCUGGAUCUGAAAGAGUAAAUGGUUCCUGCCAAGAUAUCGAUGAAUGCCAAAACCCAGCAGAGUGUUCAAAUAGUGGGCAACACUGUGUAAAUACUGAAUACUCCUUUAGGUGUGAAUGCAAGAAUGGAUUUAUGAAUAUUAGUGGAACAUGUGAAGAUAUAAAUGAAUGCCUUAAUGCAGAAGAAAACAAUUGCUCUAAAACACUAGGGAUCUGUGCUAACUUGGAGGGUUCAUUUGCUUGUCAGUGCAAGGGUGGUUAUACUGGAAAUGGUGUUACUUGCAAUGAUACAGAUGAGUGUGCUGAAAGUAAUACCUGUUCAGUGAAAAACAAUACAAUGUGUGUCAAUACUGUGGGAUCUUACAACUGUACAUGCCAAAGUGGAUAUGAUAGCAUUAACUGCACAGAUGUGGAUGAAUGUCUUGAUCCUGAGAAAUGUUCGUGGAAAAACAACAGCAUCUGUGUCAAUACCGAGGGCUCUUUCCUCUGUUCAUGUCAAAUGGGAUACGAUGGAUUCAACUGCACAGAUGUGGAUGAAUGUCUUGACCCUAAUGUGUGUUCCUGGAAAAACAACACCAUGUGUGUCAAUACUGUUGGAUCGUACAACUGUAUAUGUCGAGCAGGAUAUGAAGGCCCCAACUGCACAGAUGUGGAUGAAUGUCUUGACCCUAAUGUGUGUUCCUGGAAAAACAACACCAUGUGUGUCAAUACUGUUGGAUCGUACAACUGUAUAUGUCGAGCAGGAUAUGAAGGCCCCAACUGCACAGAUGUGGAUGAAUGUCUUGACAAUGAUAUCUGUUCAUGGAAAAACAACAGCAAAUGUGUGAAUACUGAUGGCUCUUUCAAUUGUUCAUGCGUAAAGGGAUACAGUGGUCACAACUGCACAGGUGAGGACUGGAAUUCUGUUGCAAUCUGUAUCCUUCAAGGAACUCAUCUUUCAACAAUUAUUCUCGAAGUUUUGAUAUUCUGA